AUGGACGUGAAGUCCGCUUUCCUUAAUGGAGAGCUGAAAGAGACCGUCUACGUCCGACAACCACCUGGCUUCCUGGACAACGACAACCCAGGUAAGGUACUGCGCCUGCACAAGGCACUCUACGGGCUUCAGCAAGCACCACGAGCCUGGAACGCGAAGCUCGACAGUACCCUACUGUCACUGAAGUUCAAGCACCGUGCCUCUAAGCAUGGCAUCUACUACCUCGGUAUCGAAGUGCAACAGAGUACUGCUGGCAUCACCAUCUGUCAAAGUGCGUACGCAAAGAAGCUGUUGGAUAUUGCUGGGCUAGCAGACAGUAAUCCUACAAGGACGCCAAUGGAGGCCCGACUCCAGUUGAAGAAGGCCGACACUACGACGGCAGUUGACUCCACCCAUUAUCGCAGCAUUGUUGAGAGCAGUGCGAUCUGCUGGCAAUCAAUUAAGCAAAAGGUAGUUGCUUUAUCUUCUUGCGAAGCAGAGUACAUUGCCGCUUCGACGGCAGCAGCACAGGGGGUCUGGCUUGCGCGACUGAUGGAAGAAUUCAUCGGAAAAGAAGGCGAUCCACCAAUGCUUUAUGUGGACAACAAAGCUACGAUCUCCCUAAUCAAAAAUCCGAUUGACCGAAGCAAGCACAUAGAGAUCAAGUUCCAUUACAUUCGGAAGUGUACAGAUCGGGAACUUAUCAAGAUUGACUUCAUCCGAACAGGGGAACAACUUAGAGACAUCUUCACCAAGUCUCUGGCACGGACGACAAUGAACGUUGGUGAGACGAGAAAACGUACUUCGGUGAAUGUACAAUCGUCGAAGAUCUCUUUUGCGGCAUGGGUCGGUCGUUCUAAGCAUCAGCUGUCUGUGGCGGAAGGGGUAAGUGGGAGAGAUAUGGGGAGUGAGGGAGCAUGA